UGUCAAGUGAAAGAAGCUUCAAGCAAAAUGAUGCAAUCGCCUAUUCCCGCCGGUUAUCGGUCGGUUGAAACCCCGCAUUGUGGGGCCCAUCCAUUCCGUGCGCCGUGCCGUACACUUCUGCUCUCCCCUCGUCUUAUCCGUCCCUCCAUUUGCCUCUGUAGUCGGAAACGUGUCGAGACUUAUUUUUCUGUACCGGAACAGCUUCCCUCUAGUGAUCCUUGCCUUUUAAUUGGUUAAUAGCAACUGUACGAGCAAAGCAACCUUCUCCUGACUUCUGCAGAAAUCCCCGAUUUACAGUCAAGUAUAUAAGCAACUAAUUCAUCCCACCGUACCGGCACUCUGCACUCCCGUUCCCUCUCUUCACACAUGCCCCCUUAUACCCGUAUAGCCCGCUCCGUCUUCUCUUCACUCUUGUCAUCUCAACGCCACCAGCCUCAGCUACACUCAUCCCUACAUAAAGCCCUCAACCAGACUCAUCACAGAACCAUCAUGUCCGCCGCAGCGAAGCGCCUCGAAGGCAAGACGGUGCUCAUCACCGGCGCCUCGAGCGGUAUCGGCAAGAGCACGGCGUUCGAGUACGCCCGGACGGCGCCCAACAACCUCAAGCUCGUUCUCACGGCUCGCCGCAUCGACACGCUCAAGGAGGUCGCCGCCGAGAUCCAAAAGGAGGUCGGCAGCGGCGUCAAGGUCCACCCCGUCAAGCUGGACGUCAGCAACCCCGAGGAAGUUCGCCAGCUCGUGCCCAACCUGCCCGAGGAGUUCAAGGACAUCCACAUCCUCGUGAACAAUGCCGGCCUCGUCAAGGGAGUUGCCAAGGCCCCCGAGAUCGCUGAAGAGGACAUCAACGUCAUGUUUGCUACCAACGUCACCGGCCUCAUCAACGUGACGCAGGCCAUUCUGCCCAUCUUCAAGGCGCGCCCCGAUGGCGGCUCGGGAGACAUCAUCAACAUUGGCUCCAUUGCUGGCCGUGAGCCGUACCCCGGUGGCUCAAUCUACUGCGCAACCAAGGCCGCCGUGCGCAGUUUUACCGACAGCUUGAGAAAGGAGCUGAUUGCGACUCGCAUCCGCGUCAUUGGCAUCGAUCCCGGCCAGGUUGAGACUGAAUUCUCCGUGGUUCGCUUCUACGGUGACAAGUCCAAGGCCGACGCCGUUUACGCCGGAUGUGAGCCUCUCACCCCCGAGGAUAUCGCAGAGGUUGUCGUCUUCACGUCCACCAGGAGAGAGAACGUUGUCGUUGCAGACACGCUCAUUUUCCCUCAACACCAGGGUGCCGCUGGUCUUCUCCACCGCAAGUCUUGAAGGGAAGCGGCUUUGAGUUAUUGGCCUAGAGGCAGAUGGGGCGUGGGUGGGAAUGUGUAGAGUCGAGAACGCAUCUCGAAAAGCACUCGAAUUGGCUGUCAUGACGGCCAUAGAGGUAGACCUGUAGAUCAACCAGCGUUUUGUUUUAGAAGCACGAGAGCUUCGUCUACGCGAGACCAUAUUUUUCUGUUUGCGAGAAGUCUAGGCUGCAGAGCAAGUGGAAGAAAUGGUAUUCCAUCUAGACGGUCCUAUCUGUAAGACCUCACUACUCUAUCGAACUCGGUAGGGUGAUGUGAGCCUAGCCAUAUUAGUAUCCUGUAGCAUCCUAUCGUAGUAAGGGCUAGCGAUCGCCAAUUUU